AUCAAAGCAUUCUAUUGAGCACACUUAGAACUCCCAUUGCAAAUCUUAGCUAGGAUUCUUCCCUUUCAUCUUGUCUGCUACAUAAUGUUUCCUUACGCUUCUCGUCCGUGCUUCGAUGUGGAUCCUCCCCAAUGCGUCCAGCAUGCAUCGGAUGACUACCAGCAUCCGAACACACAGCCCCAGCCAUCAGAUGCACGCCAUAGAGGAUCUGGUUCCUUCUCCUGAUGCCCUUAUUCUGUAGAGGAAUGUAGUGUCAUCUCUUUCUGUUGUUUCUCCAUUAAUCUCAUGGGUAAAGGGGGAGCCGAACCAAAAGAAAGGAUAAAGAGGGGCAGUUUAAGUUCGUCGUCUCUGUAAAGGGUUGUCUGUCACUGAAAAAUCCAAUCAACAAAACAUAAUCUAAUGGAUUAAUUAAGGAGAAAACCUCUAACCAAAGCAAGGGAUAUAUGCCGUUCAGUUCAGAAAAAGUGGAGCCAUGACCCUGUGAAGUACUCUCUUUUUAAACCGUUCCACUUGCAUGCGGUUGUCAAUCACACCCCUUGGUGGCGAAACAAAAGGAAGCCCACUCUCCAGUCUCCCCACUUAACACUCUCUCUCUCUCUCUCUAACCCUCUUCAUCACAUGAACAUUGCAUUUCAGAAGUCUGAAACACACCAUCACCUUCUUUACUGUUCAAAGACAAAAUGAUGCCAGCCGUCUCGCGCUUCCUUCCCUUUCUUUUCUGCCUUUUCAUCUGCCUCCCAUUCACAAAUGCAAUCCAACUCAUCUUCGUGAAUAACUGCAAUGAGAGCGUGUGGCCUGGGGUCCUCGGUACCGCAGGCCAAUCAUCACCCGGGGACGGCGGAUUUCUUCUGAACAGGGCUGAGGAGGUUGUAAUUAAUGCACCAGAGAAGUGGUCCGGUAGGAUUUGGGGCAGGCAAGGUUGUUACUUUGAUGCAAAUGGCAAAGGUUCUUGUGAGACUGGAGAUUGUGCUGGCUUGUUACAUUGUAGAGGCACAGGAGGGGUGCCACCCGCUACAGUGGUUGAGAUGACUCUUGGCACUUCCGCAUCUCCUCUGCAUUUCUAUGAUGUGAGUUUAGUGGAUGGUUUCAACCUCCCAGUUUCCAUGGUACCUGUUGGUGGAAAUGGUGGUGCUGGUAUUGGGUGCGGCAUCGCAGCCUGUGAGUUGGACUUGAACGUUUGCUGCCCUUCUGCGUUGGAGGUGAAGAGAGGAGGAAAGGUGGUGGGUUGCAAGAGUGCUUGCUUGGCCAUGAAAUCUGCUAAAUAUUGCUGCACAGGGGACUAUGCCAAUCCUAAGAGUUGCCAGCCCUCGCUUUUUGCUCAUCUCUUCAAGGCCAUCUGCCCAAGGGCCUAUAGCUAUGCCUUCGAUGACUCUUCAAGCCUUCACAAAUGCAAGGCAGCACGUUACGUUAUCACUUUCUGCCCUCCCACUUGAGGGAGUAAUUGAUAAAAUUGCAGUCUUCACUCUACACACACAGUUGGAUGUAUUAGUAUUACAGAUAUAAGCUUCGUUAGUAAGUGUUGUUGUCUGGUACUUUACUUUCUCUUCCAACUAUAUAGAAUGUGAAACUUACCUUGCUGUCACGGAUGGUUGGGUUGACAUUGUAAGGUUCUGCCUUCCACCCAGUUAAUUCAGAGAAAUCUGAUGCUUCGAGAUCA